GGCAGGGGAGCGUGGGAGUUCGUUGGCGCGGAUUUCGUGGCGGUUCUUACUUGCAGAUGGCUUCAAUGGGAGACAAGCAGCGAGGAGUCGGCGAGUGGAUCUCACCCAUUCGAGCAGCUCGUUGCCGUUUACAGGUGAUGGUAGAUGCACUGCGCUCACAAUUGGGAGCUCAAUUUGAGGCUGAUGGGGGGGCAGCUUCAUCAAACCCGCCGUUUCGGGAAGUGAUGAGGAACAUGAUGCAGAUCAUCUGGGAGUUGGAGGAGGAUGGUCUCAUGCAUGGUCAACAGGAGGAGACUCUGAAGCGGUGUUGUUACGACAUCUUCGAGGAGGGGCAAGAUGUGUACGCAGCGCUGGAGGAGGAGUGGUACUUGCACUUUGGGACGGAAGAUGAAGAUAAUACUGACGCGAGCAUCAUCAGCUGUGACGAGAUUCGGGAGGGCCAAACUCGAGGUGAUGACGUCCUCGCUAUUGACAAACACGCCAACGACAUCAAUAAAUUCGUGCAGGUCCGUGGUACAAACAUGGGGAUUGUGAGCUUGGGCGUGCGCGACAAUAAUGACAACAACAACAACAACAACAACAACAAUAACAACAACAACAUCAGCAGCAACAACACCUACAGCAACCACGACACAGAGAUUGUGGACGCUGGCAACACCAUGAUUGUUGUGCAUGACACUGGAACAAGUAUGGAAAUUGUGAGUUCGUGCAUGCCGGACUACAACAACAAAAACUACAACAACAUCAGCAACAAAAACGACAUCAAUAAUACCAACAACGACAGUGUGGUAAGUAUGGUGGGGGUUUCAGCUCUCUCCCCCUCCCCCUUCUCUGCCCUGGUGUCCUUUCUCCUUUGUGAUCAUGUUGAUGACCCAGGGGGAGGGCGACAGGGCUGUUUGAAUGGCUCGUUCAGCAUAUUGGACGGGUGUGGGGGAGAGCUAGGGGUGGGAUGGGUGUGCGAAGGGGUGGGAUAGAUAUUGGAUUGUCUUACUGCACCUGAUUAGUUGCCACAUGGUAAUAGGGCAGCUCUAGCCGCGGGCCAACACUGC